AUGUUGCAGAUAGCCGCUUCUGCAAAAGUGGUACAGCUUAGACAAGCGAUUACAGCUGUUGUUUCUGCAACUUCAGUCGCUUUGUUACAAGCAAAACAGCGGUUAAGCUUUAUUGGAACUGUUGAUACUAAUCUUCGAGCGAACUGUUCUGAAAACAGUAAUUCUUCUCAUAGAAAUAAUAAUGGAAAUUUUGAAAAACGAAGUGGGUUGGAAAUGCCAGUAAAAUCAAAUUAUUGUGCUCCAAAGUUACCUAUCAUCUUGUGUCAUGGUUUAUUUGGAUUUGAUAAACUUGGACCUUCAUCUAUUCCAUAUUUGCAAAUUCAUUAUUGGGGAGGUAUUCAAGAAGCUUUACGAAAACUUGGUGCGAAAAUCGUUGUUACUAAAGUUCCAAGGACCGGUGAUGUUAGAGCUCGAGCUCAGGUUUUACAUGAUACGCUGGAAACCGUCUGUUCGGGUGGAAUUGAUGUGAACUUGUUGGCUCAUUCAAUGGGCGGACUUGAUUGUCGUUAUUUAAUUGCUCACCUUCCUACAAAACAUUGUUCAGUUCGUUCAUUGACUACCAUAGCAACACCUCAUCGAGGAAGUCCUUUUAUGGAUUGGUGUAGAGAUAAUAUUGGGGUUGCAAAGUCUGUUGAAGCGACUGCAAAAGCUGUGGAUGAUGCUAUAAAACGAAUUGAAGAUCGAAUUUCUCAAAAUAAUUCUAAAGAACAAUCUCAUUCCAAUAAUAAACCAUCUCCACCUUAUCGGGAAAAUAAUAAAGAUAUUCAACAGACAUUAAGAGAAAUGGAUGAAAAUAAUCCUAAUAGCAAGGAAAAUCAAGUUCAGAAAAUGAAUAAUGAUAAUAAUGAAAUUAACACACCAAAUCAUCCUUCAGUUGCUUAUUAUUCAUACGGUGCGGCAAUGGAUUUACCAAUUUGGUCCCCAUUAUAUUUUCCUCAUCAAAUAAUUAAAGAUAAGGAUGGUCCAAAUGAUGGGUUGGUUAGUAUAAAAUCUGCACAAUGGGGUAAGUAUGUUAGAACUGUUAAAUGUGAUCAUUGGGAUUUAACUGAUAGGUGGAGGAUGAAGAUCGGUUCUAAUUUUGAUCCUAUCGAAUUUUAUUUAAGUGUUGCUACUUUUCUAGCUAGUGAAGGAUAUUAA